UUUUAGCGGCAAUUCACUGAUCUCUUCUUCACAAGUAGAUUUUAACUAGACUCUACAUUUUAGAAUGAACCAUCCCAGGCCAAGAAAUGUUAUAGCUUGUGCUUGUACCCGUUGGUACGCUUUCUCGACUAAAAGAGGUUUCUUCGAUCUCUGAAUUGGAGAUCAAAUACCGACGAUCGAAGAAAUAAGUUUUUUUGCUGACGCAAUCAAUUUUUUAAAUGGUUAAAAGAAAGUGCUAACGAAUCACCAAACCCGAGUAUGUGAGGUGCAAUGGCAUCUAAACACAUCUUGAUUGUUACUUCCUACCUCAUAUUGAUUAUGACAGCAUUCAGAUAUGUUGAUGGAAGUCGUCUUAGUCACUGGAGUCAUUUAAAAAAGCUGGUUGACAAAACGUCGUCAGGGAACAACUUGAAGCCUCAUUUCACUACGAUAAAUGUAAAUAUAACAAUAAAGGAAGACAUUAAAGUCGGCUCCGUGGUAUUCGUUUUAAAUGCAACUGACAACGAGAACGAUACCCUUACCUUCAGUUUAGACUCAACGGGUCAAAGUUUAUUCAACGUUGGACCUUUAAAUGCCGAUACAAAGUCAGUAAAUCUAACUCUGAAAACAGCACUAAACAGAGAGCUUAAUACAAGAUAUGAGUUUAAGGCUUUUGUAAGCGACAAUCCAAGCGAUAUAACAAGACGAAGAGAGAAAACAUUUUUUGUCACUGUAAUCGAUGUCAAUGACAACAAACCAGUCUUUUCAAAGCAAUCUUAUAGGGUUUCCGUGCCGGAAAACGCCACAUUAAAUACUUUACUAUUGACCGUGUCUGCCACUGAUGCUGAUGAAGGCACUAAUGGUGAUGUGAAGUAUAGAUUUAGCAACGACUCACGCUCGGUUGACAAAUUUGAGAUCCACUCAAAUGGGACAAUAACUUUAAAAGGAGCUUUAGACUAUGAGAAAGAAUCAUCAUAUGAACUGACUGUUGUUGCAGAGGAUGGUGGUGUUCCUCAACAAAGAAAGACAUGCACAGUUGUCAUAGAUGUUAUCGAUAUAAGCGACAUGCCGCCAGUGUUUUAUAGGUCAAUAUACAUCGCAAUGAUAAAAGAGAAUUCUCCAAAGGGUACUUCAUUGGUUAAGGUUACUGCAAAAGAUGGCGAUAUAGAGGUAAACAAUGCCAUGAAAUACGAAAUAACUGGAGGUAAUUCCGGUGGAUCGUUUACGAUCAAUCCAGACACUGGGCUCAUAACAGUUAAUGGGAGUAUUGACGCUGAGAGAAUCAAAAGCUACACACUUACUGUUCGGGCGUCAGAAGUCCCGGAGCCAGGUUUUAAUGCAUCAACCCGAGUUGAAGUAGAAGUUCUUGGUAACGCCCCCCUUCAGUCUACGCAAACUGCCCGCACAUUCUUAGAAACGAAGAAAAAGGCGACUGCUGAACGAAAGACUUCUAAUCAACUCAUCUUUCUUGCCUCUGCGACUGGUUUCCUUUUAAUUUGGCUUUUAAUUUGGAAGCUCCCUGCUGUAUUGGAUAUGUUGUGCCGAUUCUGAGCCCUAUUAGAACGAUUUCACAUAACCGGAUAAAUUGAUCAUCAUUAGCAUUUUUGUCCGGUUAUGCGAAAUCGUUCUAUUGUUGGCGGUGAUUUCUCUAGUUCUUAAAAAUGCAAAAAAGGCAACCGAACAAUGGCUUUGAACAUAAUACAUUCAUAUUGAGAACUACAUACAGUAACACUAGCUUGUGAUAUCCGAAGCUAGCAAAAUCGGGCGCAGUGAUAUAGGUAAACGAUCGAAUACCCACUAGCUUUUACCAAUUUUUCAAUACCCUUUCAGCAUCUCUUUGAUACAGGGAACUAGGAUAGGAUCUGGCAGGCUGGCCAGUCUAUGAUAAUAACCAAUUGCUAAGACAUAAGGGAUUUGAGGGUUGGUUCUGAAUAGUAAUGCGCUGGUGCCAUCGCCCGAAAAUGCUGUUAUAUCUGCAGACGAGAUAAUGCAUCAGCAAGGUGAUUUUUAAUCCCUGGAAUAUUUUUUGCUUUAAAAAGUAAUAUGUUGUUUUCAAAAUAAACUAGUUUGUCCAGUGCA